AUGAGCUCACAAGCAAAGUUUUCAGAUGAUGAUAAUAAAUUAGACGAAUUACCCGCUCCAGAAAUUUCUAUCCCUGAUCCACGAACUUUAGACCCGACAGAAUUUCUUCCAAAACCAAAUAGUCGUAAGUCUUGUAAUGGUUUCAUGAUUUAUCGCAAGGUAUAUCAAAAACUAUUAAAUGCAAACUCUCAAAAGUUUAAAAUGACAUUAAUCUCUCGUUGGGCUUCAGCUUUAUGGUUAAAAGAAAACGAGAAACUUAAAGAUGACUAUCAACAAUUUGCAUCGAUGAUUGCAAGAUUUCAUUUAGAAGAUCAUCAAGCAAAAUUAGAUAAUUUGAGAAAUCAUCUUAAUACCGCAAGAUUAUUGGCCGCCCCUUAUAUCGUUAAUUCCUCCCAGAGCUGUUCUCCUCCAUCGACUCCUUCAACUCCUUCAACGUCCGACUCCAUUUCAUCACAAUAUUAUUACGUAAACCAGUCCUUUCCUUCAGCAAACUUACACGUAGAUAAUCAACAAUUCUAUAUACAAGAUCCGACUUUUUCAAAUCAUUUUCACGAUAAUCAACCUGUAAAUUCGUCUUUAUUGAGGCCAAUGGAUAAUUAUGUUAACAACAAUAUCGAAACUGUUGGAAACGAUUUAUUAUAUAACGAAACACCUUCUUAUGCACUCCAAACUUUAAUUUAUUCAACGGAACAACCUUUCGAUAACAGUGAAUUUUCCUUUGAUGAUUUUCGAUUUUAA